AAAGCUGUUUGCACUUAAUAGAAUAGCUAGAGCAAUUAGGAAGCAAGAUGAAACCUGGCGAACUUUUUGAAACGUCUCUGAACUGCCGCGUUUCACACAGACGUUUCUGAAUCUCCAUAGAAAGCUUGUGGGCAUGUUUUUUGUAAUGGGGCUUAUACUCUAAAAAGAGCUGUAAAAGAAGACUUGGGCUUCACGCUCCUGAAAGCUUAGCACUCGAGUUCCUCUGGUGUCUCAUUUGCUUCUUAGUAUUCUAUAAUUAUUGCUUUCUUACUUUGUUUUAUUAUGCAGAGGAGAUAGCUGAACUAAGGUUGUUACAGUUGAUGCUGUGCUUGAAAUUGUUUGUUGGGGUAACUGAAACAGGGCCGAUUCUGUGUCAGCCUGUAGCUUAUUUAAGAGGACUUUUUGCAUAGGUAUGAGUUUACAAGAUUGGGGUCUUCAUGGUUUAUACACAGAGCAGAUGUUCAAUAGAAGAUUAAUAAAAUAACUAGGGUGAAAUCCUUUGCUGUUGUCCAUUCUUGGUAGAAGACAGGGAGAAGAAAGAGGGGAAAACAGGCAAAACCUUAUCUCUUUUCUAAAAGAAAGUAUAUUUUCAAUAUAGUCUAAUACACUAUAAAAUCAUACUUUAUAUUUGUAUGCUUUGAGGAGUAAGGUAUGAAAAGUUUGUGGCUAUUUAUUUUUGUUCUCCCUGUAACUGCUCCAGAAGAUAAUUGCAGUAAUGACUUAAUAUGAAACUGUCCUGUGGAAGUUCAAACUAAAAGAAGCUGUGGGGUAGUGCUUUGUUGUAACUUUAUGUAAUUCAGCUGAAGCCUAGGAGAUUGUAGGCCUAGCUGGGGGGGCAAUCAUAAGAUAUGUGCCUUAUCACUCAUAAACGUUUCCUUUGUAGCAUCUGGGUACUGUUUCUUGUUGCAGAACUUCCUCUGAUUCUGAUUAUGAUCAAGUUUAACACUGAGGUGUAAGUCAAGUAGAAGAUAAGUGUGCUGUAUGUUCACUUACUACAAAUAGAAAGGCAAAGAAAGUCAUAGCAAGAAAUCAUACUGUCUGGAAGUCCAGAAUCCAAAAGACUUUAAGAUGUUCUUUUGCUUGAUAAAGAUGGAGCUGCCUGGCCUUGCUUUUGUUGUUUGGAUGUUUAUUUGCUUCCGUGUAUCUGUGGAUGGAUAUCCAAAUGGGAAAGUAAGAGAAGCCUGUGCUAGCAUGGUACCCUGUCAUGGUAGCUCUCCAAAACUGUCACCUGAGCAUGUCAUUACAGUUAAUAGGACUGAAUUUAGACCUGGCGACAGCAUAGAAGUUCAGCUGUCUGGUCCAGAUUUUGAAGGAUUUUUCUUACAAGCUCGGGAUGCAGAAGACUUGGAUAGCCCUGCAGUUGGUUCUUUCGUAUUAGUUGAUCGAAGACAUUCUCAGCUUCUGACAUGUGGCCAUACCAUGAAUUCAGCUGUCAGUCACACAAGUAAAGCGAAAAAGAAAGUUGUAAAAGUUUAUUGGAUUGCUCCUGGGGGUGCACCAAAACAUGUGCAAUUUCUAGCCACAGUUGUGAAGAAAUACAAGAUUUUCUGGGUGAAGAUUCCUGGUCCUGUUAUUUCUCAGCCUAAUGCGCUGUUCUCAACAACACCCUUGUACACAGCAUCAGAGGCUGUUUCAACUGCACAUUCAGUUUCCUACUUAACAAAGCCUUUUAAUGCAUCAGGUUGUGGAAAUACAAAGUUCUGCCUAAGGAACCCUUCUAACUGUGAUCCUGAGAGUGCUUCCUGCUUUUUCCUAUCCUUCCAUCAAGAGAGGAGUUCAGUACUUAUUGAAAUGAGUGGUCCCAGUGAAGGAUAUUUAGCAUUUGCACUGUCCUUUGACCAAUGGAUGGGUGAUGAUGAUACGUAUCUGUGUAUUAAUGAGGACCACCAUGUUAGUGUAAGCACUGCUUACCUGAAGGGACGAAGUCCUCCUGUUCUGGAUUUAAAGAAUGCUCUUGAAGAUGUGUCAUGGAGGCUUGUGGAUGGUGUUCUUCAAUGUUCUUUUAGAAGGAAUGUUAGCCUCCCUACAUAUAAGGAGAGGUUUAACAUGAAUGCUAGUUACUACAUCUUUCUGGCAGAUGGGGAAGCCAGUGAAGAUGGUCCAAUCUAUAAACAUCGUCGUCAGCCUUUGAUCACCAAUGGAAUGUACAAUGUCACAGGCAUUCCUCAGGAUAUUGGAGGUUCCCGGUCUCCAAGGCUUAUCAAGGCUCAUGGUGCACUGAUGUUUGUUGCUUGGAUAAGUACAGCUAGUAUUGGUGUUGUUGUUGCACGAUUCUUCAAGCCUGUCUGGUCUCAUUUGUUCCUAUUUGGAAGGGAGAUAUGGUUUCAGGUGCAUCGUAUGCUUAUGUUGACCACCGUUGUGCUUACAAGCAUUUCAUUUGUAUUGCCUUUUAUAUAUCGAGGUGGUUGGAGCAAACAAGCAGGUUUUCAUCCAUAUCUUGGCUGUACUGUGAUGGCUCUGACAAUCUUUCAACCUUUUAUGGCAGGUUUUAGACCAUCUCCUCAUGCACCAAGGAGGCAGUUGUUUAACUGGUUUCACUGGAGUAUUGGUACAACUGCUAGAAUACUAGCUGUGGUUACUAUGUUCUUGGGAAUGGAUCUGCCAGCACUUGACCUACCAGACCCAUGGGACACCUAUACAAUGAUUGGUUUUGUAGCUUGGCAUGUUGGUACUGAUGUUCUUCUGGAGAUACACAGCUACUGUCUUAUACGUAAAGUUGAACUGAUUGAGGAUGACAGAGUACAGAUAUUGCAAUCACUCACAUCUGCAGAAGCAGAAGGUAACCUGUUUAAACAGAUUGUGUUAACCAUCUAUAUCUGUGGAAAUAUAAUAUUCCUCAUUGCCUUCUUGGCAGCAAUCAACCAAGUAUGAGAUAAGAAACUUGCAGUGAAGUACCAUGCAGAUGAAAAACAUGCAAGGAAUACUUUUAUUAUGUUUCCAUCAGCACAUCCUGGAAGAUGUGGUUGAAGAGUAAUAAAUAGUAUGUGCAUGAGGGAGAACUUCAAUUCAAAUCAAAAGAAUGCUGGAAUCCUGUGAAAGCUGUCUUCAGGUCUUAUUUUUAAUGGGAAUCUGCCUGAGUAAGGAAUGUAGUUGUUGUUGUUUUUAAAUAAGUGUAAUAAUCAAUGUGGUUAGAGUUUACAGGCUAAGAAGAGUGAGAAGAUGAAGAGUGAGGAAACCGUUUUGAUAGUCACAAUUUCCUAAACUUUUCGGGAAUAUUACUGGGAAAACUGAAAAGUGUGAUCCCAAUUUUGUGUUCUAAUGACAUGGUUUAACAAUCUCCUGCUUGUGACAAUUUUUGUACCACACAAAGAAAAAAACUUACUGAAAAAAAUGUCACAUACUUGAUCUACACAUUGAGCUAAACAUUGUUUAUUUUUGCAGUUUAAUGCAAAAAGUAUUCUCUGCUCUAAGAGCAGUGCACUUAUACAGGGAUAAGGGCUUGGGAACUACAGCUCUUUAGUAAGAUUGCCAUUCUCAUCACCUCAAAAUACUGUUUUGUUCUCUCAGUGCUUCCAAGCCAUAACAAGGAAAAGCUUGCAAAUGUACAUUAAAUCCUAGUUCUGUUUAUCCAAAAUUUAAACAGGAAAAACCUAUCUGUGUGCAUGUAGAUGUUCUGCUGUCUCUGGUCUCUUGUUGCUUCUGAAUUGCUAUUCUGUAUGAAUAACAUGGGCUUAUGCAGCUUGAUUCUUAAAGCUAAGUGAAAAUAUUUGCUCAGGUAUAUUGCAGUUGUAUUUGCUCUACUGAAUGUGCUGUUGAAAUAGUGAUUAGGAGUUGAAUUGACUUCAGGAAAAUGCAGCUCCUUUUAGUGUUAAAUGAGUGUCCUUUGAGCCGGUAUGUCUGACUUUUUCUCCUACUUUCAUAGGCACUCUUUUUAUUCAGUAAUUAAUUAAUCUUAAUAAUAUGGUAUGGGGAAUGGAAGGAGACUGUUCUCAACUUCUUUGCUUUCUGGUUUGCUUAGAUACUGAAGGUCACUCUUUAGCUGAAAUCUCAUAACUUAACCCUUAUUAUGCUGUGCAGUACAAUGCUUUGCUUUUUUUUUUUUUUUUAAGUUGUAAAUUUUCAAAGUAUACCUCUACUGAAGGGUUAUUAACCUAGCUAAGAAUAAAGGUGUUGGCAAAUUGGUCCCAGUAUUUACUAUUCUAGAUAUAGAACAUUAUAGCAAGAUCUCUGCUGAUGAUCCUGACUUACGGAAGUGUUUUAGACAUGAAGUGGUUCUUUCCAUUAACUAAAGCUGUUUAGUUCAGCCUCUUUUUCUUGAAACUCACAAUGCAGCCUGUUGUAAAGACAAGUUAUUCAGAAUGUAUCAAGUUUGUGGUCAGAUCUUGCCUGCUCAAGUAACUCGUGUAGUUACAAGAGCCUUUACAGAGCUUGGAUUAAUCCUUUUUGUUAAUAGCUCAAUAGACUACUAGUGAGUUUUUAGGUGAGCGGUCCUCCUUCCCCUCAUCUGGAGAUGUUCUCAGACAAAAGGAGGUUAAGAAGAAAUACGGCAAAACAAAAGCUGAAGGGCAACAUGCAUUUUUUUUUUUAUGUGAUGUUUUCAGUUUGUUCUUUGGAUAUCUUUGAUUUCAAAUACUUAGGAGUCACAGAUCUAUCCAGCACUAAAAUUUUGAGAGCUCUUCCAUAUACUGCGUUUACUGAAGAUAAUAUCUUUUCAGACACGAUAGAUGGCUUCUUAAAUUAAGUCAGUGCCAGAUUCUUUCUAUAAUACAACAGCUGUGCUGUGUUGCAUCAUUCUCAUGUGAAAGUGGGGGUUUUAAAGCAUGAAUGUAAGUAUCGUAACUGUUUCUCUUUUAAUGCAGUGGAAACACUACCAAAUAAAAAUUAGACUAGUUUUGCAUUGCAGUAAUCAAUCAAUGUUUUUGUUGUAAACGCUUAUUUUACAAAUAAAAGCAGUUCAAAUGUU